UUUAGGACGGGACGUAGGGCGGCGGGUUCGAUUCUGGACCGACCCGUUUGGAUUAUAGUUCCGAGUUCGUUCACGAUCGGGGGGGGAAGACGGACGACCUGGAAAUCAGAGGGAGGCACGAGAGUCCUAUCGGAGGACGCUUGAAGUCCGUGAAUAAUUAAUGGCCGACUUCCACGAGGCCUAUAAAUUGAACAGGUUUCGUCGUCAGUCGUGUACCAGAACGAACCCGCACACUUCUGCAAGAACCCUCUGUCUCUCUGUCUCUUUGUCUCUCUGUCUCUCUCUGUCACGUGCGGAGAGGCGUGCGUCAUCCUUGGCUUCGCUUCGCUCGGCACGAUGGGAAGAGACGGCCAUCCUCUGUUGAGCAGAGUGGGGAGAGAGGCCGGCUUCAGCCAUGGCUUCUCCGCCGACCAAAUCCAGUCGCUCGCCGCCAUGUGCGAGACCCUCCUGCCUCCCCUCUCGCCGGACAGCAUCGACGAGGACAGCCCUCGCAAUGAGGCCGUGUACUCCUUCUUCCGGGCUUCUGGGUCUCAGCAUCCGAUCCCUGAUGAGAUUGCAGAGCGUCUGGCGAAGAGGGGUCAGCGCAGUGCACUGCUUGUUGUGAGCCUUGUCUUGAAGAUUCUCUCCUACAGAUUGGGGACCUUAUUGCUCUGUGGGUUUCUAUGCUUGGACUGGAGAUGGCCCUUCAUUCGCAAGUUCCACGAGAUGCCAUUGGAGAGGAGGGAGAUAGUCCUCAACAGGUGGUCAAGGCAGAAGAAACUGAUCCCUCUGAAAGUUGCCUUCGCGAUGGUCAAAUUGUUCUGCUUGUUCCACUUCUUCUCAAGGACGGAUGAGAACUCCAAGAACCCGUCAUGGGAAGCGAUUGGAUACGAGGUUGACACUCAAGAGAAGCCAGUGAAAUCCAAGAGGGAGAGGCCUCUAGAAAAGGGAACUAUCGAGACCAUGUACGAAAGCGGCUCAUCCCUUGUUCAGUCUCUGACAGGAAAAGGCCUCAAAGUCUCGGAAUGUUCCAAAACAAAUAGCUGCAAUAUUAAAUGCGAUGCCGUGAUAAUUGGUUCUGGUUGUGGUGGUGGAGUCGCUGCCGCUGUUCUUGCUCAGUCUGGUCAGAAAGUGGUUGUCCUGGAGAAAGGGGAUUAUUUCACACCGCAGGAUUAUUCCUCCCUGGAGGCCCCCUCAAUGAAUCAAAUGUACGAGUCAGGUGGGCUACUCUCCACCGUCGACGGGAAGUUCAUGAUCAUGGCGGGGUCCACUGUAGGUGGAGGCUCCGCUGUGAACUGGUCAGCCUCCAUCAAGACUCCAAGCUCUGUACUUCAUGAAUGGUCUGUGGAUCACAAAAUACCACUUUUUGGAAGCCCUGAGUACUUAUCUGCGAUGGACGCCGUGUGCAAAAGAAUUGGUGUUACAGAGAACUGCUCCGAGGAAGGCUUCCAGAAUCAAAUUCUUAGAAAAGGGUGUUCGAACCUCGGUUUGCAUGUGGAAACUGUCCCGAGGAACUCCCCAGAGAACCAUUACUGCGGCUGGUGCUGCUAUGGUUGUCGAAUGGGAGAGAAGCGCGGUACCGACCGCACAUGGCUCGUUGAUGCUGUUGAGCACGGUGCAGUGAUUUUGACAGGAUGCAAAGCAGACAAACUCAUACUUGAGACCGGCGAUGAUGAGAAGGUGGGUCACAGAUGCUCAGGAGUGACUGCAACGGUCUCGAGUAGGGAUUUCUUUAAGAAGCUCCGCAUUGAGGCCAAGGUGACAAUUUCGGCGUGCGGCUCUCUCUUGACGCCUCCUUUGCUUAUCUCCAGUGGGUUGAAGAAUCCUAACAUAGGCAGGAACCUCCGCCUUCAUCCGGUUCUACUAGUUUGGGGUUACUUUCCUGAAAAUUCAACUGGUUACAGAGGCAGAAGCUAUGACGGAGGAAUCAUCACGUCAGUCCACAAGGUGGUAUCAGAAGAUUCCUCUGAAGUGCAGGCCAUCAUAGAAACUCCAGCUCUCGGGCCCGGUUCAUUCGCCUCGCUGUUCCCGUGGGUAUCGGGGGCUGAAGUGAAGAACAGCAUGGUCAAGUAUUCAAGAACCGCUCACCUUUUCGCAUUAGUUAGAGACCAGGGCUCAGGAGUCGUCAAAGAGGAGGGUGUAAUCACUUACAGGCUAAGCCAAGAAGACAAGGAAAACCUCAAGCUCGGGCUGAGGCAGGCACUGAGGAUCCUGAUCGCUGCUGGUGCUGUUGAAGUCGGCACGUACCGAAGCGACGGGCAGAGAAUCAAAUGCAGAGGGGCUAAGCAAGAGGAUAUAGAGGAAUUCCUGGACUCGAUCACUACUCCUGGAGGCCUGGGGUCGAGACAGGAACACUGGACCAUGUACUGCUCUGCGCACCAGAUGGGGAGUUGCCGGAUGGGCGCGAACGAGGGCACAGGUGCGGUCGACGAGAAUGGGGAGAGUUGGGAGGCAAAAGGCCUGUUCGUGUGCGACGGGAGCAUGCUCCCGAGCGCAGUAGGAGUCAAUCCCAUGAUCACCAUACAGUCCACGGCUUAUUGCAUCUCGAAGAGGAUCGCCGAGUCUCUGAGGAAGGAGAAGUUCCCAAGGGUCAGCUAGUUUCCGAGCUGCUUCCCUGCCCUUCUCGCCGGAACGAGCGGAUCGUGGUCAGAUGACGCGAGCCGAUAAAUAACCGUUAGCUCCGGAGGCAAGCCAGCAGUCAUUUACAGUAGUCCAUUCUUUGUUCAUGAAUUAGCGAGAUGACAUUGGAUUUGUUCCAUUCUUCUGGCCUUGUAGCUGGUUUCCACCAGUGUUUUUCUUCAAUAAGCUGCAAGAGAUUACAUGAUCUUUUGGUGCUUCAUUAGAAUGAGAAAUUAGUCUGUAUUGUGCUAGAAUUGAACCGUGCGAGGUAGAAACAUUAUAAUAUAUAUAGAAUUUAUAAA